AUGGCAAUUAAAAAUAUCCAAAAUAGUUAAAGACAAGUCCAGGUAUAUCAAAAAAAUAUCCAGAUGAGAUAUUCACCUAAUUAUCUCUAAUAUUUGAAUUUAUAAAUUCUAAAGUGGAAACUGCAUAAAAAUAAUCCAUAUCCAAUACUCAUGAGAAUAAUUUCUCGAAUGACAUCAUUAGAUAUGAAUAAUUUAAGGAAACUUGUAUAUAAGGUAAGGAAGCAGUUAAGCAAGAGUUGUUAUUUAUUUGUUUAUGAAAACUGGCCUCAUGUAAUAUUAGGCUAAGAUGAAGUAAUUCAAUUUUUGAUUUAAUAUUUAGGCCACAUAUUUUUGUUUGGAAGUUAAGUAGUGCUUUAAUAAUAAUCUUUUAUGGAUUUAAAUUAAUCAAUAAUUGAAAUAGUAAAUGUAGAAUAAUAAGUAAUGAGUUAUGUGGGAAUAAUGAAAUUGAUUAGCCCUAAUUACCAACUUCAUAUUCAGUUUAUACAGUAAGUGGAGUUGCUACAAUAGCAAAUUUUUUUAAUUAAUAAAUUUAAGGUGAUUUUUAUAAUGUAUUUUAAUCUUUUAAUAGUUACCCUAAUUAUUAAGUUAGGCUUAAGAAUACUGUAAGAUAGCUGGUCAUGAAUGUAGACUAAUUCGACUUAUUCUUAAAAUCUUUUUGUAGCUACUAACUUUUUCUUAUCCUUUUAUGUUCAUUAAUUAUUACCUAUUGGAUAUAACAUAUCAGAUACUAUUUAAUUAUAAUCAUUUUCUUUGGGUAUAUCAAUGCUCCUUUAGUAAUUAAUUCAUAACACCAACCUAGGUUAUGGCUACUGUGUAAUAUUAAUUGGCAUAAGUUGAUUAUGAUUUAAAUAGUACUGAAUGUGAAAGCUUGA